UUUGCGUCACUCCAGUCAUCAUCUCAAAAUCGAACCCACUGAAACUGUCUGCAAGCUUUCGCGUCAUCAGUCAUCUUCUCGAACUCAUCCACUUGCAGAAAACUAUCUUCAAGCACGUCUUAUUUGCUUCAAUGUUGAAUUCAUUUGAGUGACUGGAGCUAUCUUGAUUCAUCUUUUAACUCUUCUCAGUUUUAAAAUUUAUAUUUGUUUUUUUAAAUCCCUUUAAAUUUUGAUAGACACGGUCAAGAAUUUGACGGUCUAAAGUCAAUAUUUUUUUCAUUUUCCAUCGGUCUUUCCCCAAUUCAACAGUCUCAUAAGAAAACUUUUCUAAUUUGGGUUCACAUUGAUUUUUUUUCAUCUGGGUAUUUCUUGGAAAAUUGUUUGGACUUUUAUCGGUUGUUCUCUUUGUCUUCUCGAGCCAACCUUCACGCAUAUAUAGUUUGCUUGUUCUCUUGUUUCUGUAAAUUUAAAUAAAUAAAGCUGUUGCUUUUAGGUGCCAUGGACAUCCCUCUGCCUCGGGAUAAGUUAUCUUUGGAAUUAAUAACCGAGGACAAAACUUAUGUUGUUUUAGUGGCAACUGGGAGUUUCAAUCCUCCAACUGUUAUGCACUUACGUAUGUUUGAGCUGGCGAGAGAUGCACUGAACUCAGCGGGUUAUUGUGUUAUUGGAGGCUAUAUGUCGCCUGUUAAUGAUGCAUAUAAGAAAAGGGGCCUUAUAUCUGCUGAACAUCGGAUACAGUUGUGUAACCUGGCUUGCAAAACUUCUGACUUCAUAAUGGUUGAUCCAUGGGAGGCAAAUCAGAAUUCCUAUCAGCGAACUCUGACUGUUUUGUCAAGAGUAAAAAACUGUUUGAAUGGGGCUGGGCUGAUAACUAGAGGGUCCCUUAAGGUCAUUCUUGUCUGUGGUUCUGAUUUAUUCCAAUCCUUCAGCAUUCCUGGAUUUUGGAUCCCUGAGCAGGUAAGGAUGAUAUGCGGAGAUUAUGGUGUGGCAUGUAUACGCAGAGAAGGACAAGACAUUGAAAAAAUCAUCUCUGACAAUGAAAUUUUGAAUGAAAACAAGGCCAACAUCAUGGUCGUGGAUGAACUUGUACCAAACCAAAUUAGUUCAACGAGACUAAGGGAUUGCAUUUCAAGAGGAUUGUCAAUAAAAUAUCUUACCACGGAUGAAGUAAUUGAUUAUAUUAAAGAAAAGCAUUUGUAUUUGAACUCAAGUGACAAUUGAUCUUCAUUUUUUAACUUUGUACACAGUACACACAAAUAAUGGAUAAAAUUUUAACCA